UCUCUCUCUCUCUCUCUCUCUCUGUGUGGAAACUCUGGUCAACAAUACAAAGUAGAAAUUUGGUGGUAAAUUAAUGGCGAAAUCAGCAGAGGAAGUACACCCAGUGAAGUCAUUUGGAUGGGCUGCCAGAGACCACUCUGGCAUUCUUUCUCCCUUCACAUUUUCAAGAAGGGCAACAGGGGCUGAAGAUGUGAGGUUCAAGGUAUUGUAUUGUGGUAUCUGUCACACUGACCUUCACCGAAUUAAAAAUGACUGGGGUGGCUCUAAUUAUCCCCUCCUCCCAGGGCAUGAGGUUGUGGGUGUCGUGACUGAGGUUGGGAGCAAGGUUCAGAAGUUCAAAAUUGGGGACAAAGUUGGGGUGGGGUGCCUGGUUGGAGCAUGUCACUCGUGCGACAACUGUGCCAACGAUCUUGAAAAUUACUGUCCCAAAAGGGUGCCUACCUACAAUGGCACCUACCAUGACGGAACAACCACAUAUGGAGGUUACUCUGAUCACAUGGUCACUAAUGAUCAUUUCGUGGUCCGCAUUCCUGAAAACAUACCUCUUGAUGCUGCUGCUCCUCUCCUCUGCGCUGGGAUCACAACUUAUAGUCCCUUGAAAUAUUUUGAACUUGGCAAGCCUGGUAUGCAUGUGGGGGUGGUGGGUUUAGGUGGCCUUGGCCAUGUCGGUGUGAAGUUCGCAAAGGCUUUGGGUGCUAAGGUGACUGUGAUUAGUACAUCCCCUAACAAGAAGAAAGAAGCCAUUGAACAUCUUGGUGCUGAUUCAUUUUUGGUCAGUCGAGAUCCUGAUCAGAUGCAGGCGGCCAUGGGCACAAUGGAUGGUAUCCUUGAUACAGUAUCCGCAGUUCACCCUCUCAUGCCGUUGCUUGGUCUGCUGAAGUCUCAUGGAAAGCUCAUCAUGCUUGGCGCACCAAACAAGCCCCUGGAUCUGCCUGCCUUUCCUCUGCUUAUGGGGAGGAAGUUGGUGGCUGGAAGUGCCAUUGGAGGGUUGAAGGAGACACAAGAAAUGAUUGAUUUUGCAGCGAAACACAACAUAACAGCAGAUAUUGAGGUCAUUUCGAUGGACUAUGUGAACACUGCAAUGGAACGUCUAGAAAAAGUUGAUGUCAAAUACCGGUUUGUCAUUGACGUUGCCAACACUUUGAAAGCUGCCUAGUUUGCCAAUGUAGCUCUUUAACGUUGGUUUCUUUUGAUACUGUCAUUGAUAUGUAGUUUGCCAAUGCCAAUGUAGCUCCCGAACAUUGGCUUUUUUUGAUACUGUCAUUAAUACUGUCAAAGAAAAAAGAGUUAAGGUACUUGUAUCAUCUAUCUUCUAUCGCUGGUGUCACAGCAUAUAACAUUCGGCAUUGUGUAAUAUCUCAAUUUGAAUACAUAAAUAAAAGUUUGGAUGGUAACUGUUUGCAACCUUGGAAACGAUGAAUCAAU